AUGGCAGACACCAAACCACUACCCACAAAAACCGACUCUGGCACAACAUACCAAGAGCCCAAUCCAGAAUCCCACGUAGCCUACCAACGAGAAAUCUACGGCGCCCUCCACCCCCCCAAAUACUCGACCAAACCUGCACAAUGGGAAGCAGCUGCACGCGCCGCAGUCCCCUUACCAAACUUCCUCUAUGUCUCCGGCUCCGCCAGCAGCGAAUCAACCUACACAGCCAACCUCUCCGCCUUCUCGCGGUACCGGCUGCGACCCUGGAUGCUCGUGCAAGCCACCCGCCGCGACAUGUCAGUCACGCUCUUCGGGCAAAAAUACCCCAGCCCCUUGCUCGUCGCCCCCAUCGGCGUGCAAGAGAUCCUGCACCCGGACGCGGAAGAAGCCACAGCGCGUGCCUGCGCCGCUGUAAAAGUCCCCAUGAUACUCUCCACCGCCGCAACGCGCAGCAUCGAGCAAGUCGCUGCGGCGAACGGACCGGAGGGAGAUCGCUGGUACCAGCUCUACUGGCCGAAACCCCAGGCCGAGGAACUAACCGCUAGUCUACUCUCCCGUGCAAAGACAUCAGGCUACAAAGUGCUGGUUGUCACACUCGACACGUUUAUGAUAGGGUGGCGGCCUAGCGAUCUAGACGAAGCGUACAUCCCGUUUCUCUGGGGCCAGGGCUGCCAAGUCGCCUUCUCAGACCCCGUGUUCAACCGCAUGUUUGCGGAGCAGGAGGCGCGCGACGCGGAGCGCCCUGCGGCGGAGAAGGUGGCGGAGAUAUGGCAGAUUCUCAAGAGGCCCGGUAGUCUGGCUGGUGCGGCCAAAGUGCUGACGCACGCAAAGGUUAUGAAGAAGGCCAUGUUUUUUACCAGUGUGUUGGCGAGUGGGAGUUAUCGCGAUUGGGGCGAUUUACAAGUGCUGAGGAAGUACUGGGAUGGUCCGAUUGUGCUAAAGGGUAUUCAGACGCUCGAGGAUGCGCAGAGAGCGGUCGAGUGCGGUAUGGAUGGUAUUGUUGUUUCCAACCACGGUGGCAGACAACUCGACGGCGCUAUUGCAUCGUUGGACGCACUUGCCGAAAUCGGUGCUGACGACUGCAUCAAGAGUUCUGGACUUAGCAUCUUGUUCGACUCGGGCAUUAGGACGGGGUCGGAUGUGCUCAAGGCGCUGGCCCUGGGCGCCAAGGCAGUGUUGGUCGGACGGCCGUAUGCCUAUGGUCUUGCCAUGGGUGGCGAGGAGGGUGUCAAACACGUACUCAAUUGUAUGCUUGCUGAUACUGAUAAUUCGCUGGCAAAUCUGGGUAAAAGGAAUCUGGGCGAGAUUACUAGGGAGGAUUUGAGGGUUAUGCAGCAGCCUGCUAAGCUGUAGAGAUAGUCUCUGAUGGCGGUGGGUGGGUUUUUUUAUACUCGCAGGCUUUGAAAAAGCCAUGAUAUUUCCAUUUCAUCAUCUUUUCUUUCUACAAAUACAUGUUGUAUGAAAAACUACAGAUGGAACCUACUAUACACAUAUGAAAACAAUGAGGAAAUGAGAAAUGAAAGAAAAAAUCUGUUGUCUUCUUUACUUAAGACCAACAUCCGCAAAAUCGAUACUAAAAACUACAAUUACGUUUGUUUGUAGGUGAUUAGUACUGAGAAAAGGAGAGCGGUCGACACCCCCUUUUUAAGAAAAGAAGAAAACGCCGUUGUUUGUUAGAUUCACUCAGUGAUGAGCCUUGCUCCGGUAUCGUCAAACGCCACAAAAGAAAAAAAAUCCCCUUCACCCCUCAAACGCCGAUGGUUCGUUGUCGGCUUUGGUUGCCCCAGAUCCCUUUACCCCGUUUACGCCCGCUCCCAACCGCACUUGCUAUCUAUCGUAAUUAUUCGAUCGUCAGGUUUUCCGUCGACUCGACAAAGGCGUCAGUGCCAGACUCGGAGUCAUCUGCACGAGUGUCUCUCAAGCUACCGCUACCUCUUCUGCUGCGAGAGGAGCCUUGUGUGACGGCGGGUGAUUCAGCGUCUGAGAAGUUGCCUACGCUGCUCUCGCGGACCCGUUGCGCGACGCUAGCUGCAAUCUUCUCGUCUAGCAUGUUGACUAGCCGCUCCGAGUACUGAUCUAGUAGCUUAAUCAU